CCCCGCCUGCCCCUCCCACCUCGGCAAUGGCGGACAGCGCCAGCGAGAGCGACACCGACGGGGCCGGCAACAGCACAGCAGCCAUGCAGACCUCCUCUCCGGCUUCAUCAUCUUCGGGUAAGUCCGGCAUCGUCAUCUCGUCCUUCCGCCUGGAGGAGCUGACGAAUCGGCUGGCCUCGCUGCAGCAGGAGAACAAGGUGCUGAAGAUCGAGCUGGAGACGUACAAGCUGAAGUGCAAAGCCCUGAUGGAGGAGAACCGAGACCUGCGCAAGGCCAGCGUCACCAUUCAAGCCCGGGCAGAGCAAGAAGAGGAGUUUAUCAGCAACACGUUAUUUAAAAAGAUCCAGGCUUUGCAGAAAGAGAAAGAAACCCUCGCUGUCAACUAUGAGAAAGAAGAGGAGUUCCUCACUAACGAACUGUCCCGGAAACUCAUGCAGUUGCAGCACGAAAAGGCUGAGCUGGAGCAGCACCUGGAGCAGGAACAGGAGUUCCAAGUGAACAAGCUGAUGAAGAAGAUUAAGAAAUUGGAAAAUGAUACCAUCUCCAAACAGCUCACCCUGGAGCAGCUAAGGCGGGAGAAGAUCGAUCUGGAAAACACACUAGAACAGGAACAAGAGGCUCUGGUAAACCGUCUCUGGAAGCGAAUGGACAAGUUGGAGGCUGAGAAAAGAAUAUUACAAGAGAAAUUAGACCAACCUGUUUCUGCUCCGCCGUCCCCACGAGACAUAUCAAUGGAAAUCGACUCCCCGGAAAACAUGAUGAGACACAUUCGAUAUCUGAAGAAUGAAGUCGAGAGGCUAAAGAAACAAUUAAGGGCUGCACAACUGCAGCACACUGAGAAGAUGGCACAGUAUUUGGAGGAGGAGCGCCACAUGAGGGAAGAGAACUUACGGCUUCAGAGGAAGUUACAGUGGGAGAUGGAGAGGAGAGAAGCGCUGUGCAGGCAGUUAUCAGAAAGCGAGUCCAGCUUAGAAAUGGAUGACGAAAGGUAUUUUAAUGAGAUGUCGGCACAAGGCCUGAGGCCUCGCACUGUGUCCAGCCCAAUACCAUAUACACCGUCACCAAGCUCCAGCAGGCCGAUUUCACCCGGUCUGUCGUAUGCAAGUCACACCGUCGGCUUCACCCCUCCAACUUCUCUGACCAGAGCUGGAAUGUCGUACUUUAAUUCGCCGGGUUUACACGUGCAACAUAUGGGAUCGUCUCACGGUAUCGCGAGACCUUCUCCUCGAAGAAGCAACAGCCCGGACAAGUUCAAGCGUCCUACACCUCCUCCAUCUCCCAACACCCAGACUCCUGUUCAACCUCCACCACCUCCACCUCCUCCAGCACAGCCUGCAGCGUCUCAGUCUUCAGCCUCCCACAAUUCAGUGCACCCCUCCUCUCAGCCCUAGUGCAUGACCCUCUGCAGUCUCUGCAUUUUGAGUUGGACUCAUAACAUGGGACAGUUUACCGAAAGCCAAAGGCUUACCCAUCAUAUUUGGAUUUGACUAUUUGCACUGAGGUUACAUAGGCUUCACUGUUUAAUCGUGUUGUAAAUGUUUGUCUACUAAAUGCAGCCGGUGUUGUGGGUCCUACAUGCGUUAACCUUCCCAACACAUAUCCCCGUCCAUGUUUACGGAAUACUACAUUUGCGUUCAUCCUCGGCUGGAACAUUUGGUAUUGAGUAGAACAAACCAUGUUAAAGGGCACCUAUCACAACCAAAAUCAAACACAUAUUAACAAUCUGACCAGCACAACCUAAAAACGUUUAAUCAAACUACAUAUAUAGUUUUUUUGAAAAAAAAAUGCAGGUUUUAAAAAAUUCCCUUACUUUGGCAAAUGGGUUCUUUCACUGAGGGAGGCCAUACUGAGACUAUAACAUGCAAAUGAGUUCAUGAGCAUGCUCAGAUUGUAGCACUGCCGUGAGUAUUCUACCCAGAAUGCAUUGUUUUAAGUAUCACGAGAUUUCCCUAUCUUGUCCCCUGCUGGUGAUGUUAUUAUGCAAAUGAAGGGCACACACUAACUUUCAGAAGGUGGCAGCGCUACAGAACAGCAGCUAACACAGAGGUUUGGCUGAUUUGGUAAGUAACCAAGGAAUUGCAACUGAGCAUGUGCGAGAUUUCAGAGCUUUAGAAAAUAAAGGUAGGAGGAGCCAGUGAAAUCCAAAAUGGCUGCCUCCGCUAGAACUGCAGUGGAGAUAGGGGAGAUCUUGCAGAAGGUAAAGUGAGCUGAGGAUUUACAUUAAACAAAAAAUUGGAUUUCUUGAACUUUCACAUAAUAUUUACUUAUUAAAUGAUUUUAGUUA